AUGGCAUCGCUGUCAAGGAGCGAAGAACCUGCCUACGAGCUUCUGAGCAACAGACUAGUGGCACCGCAUUCCACACCAGCAGCUGAAGCACACUACGCAGAUUUUGAUGAUACAAGCAACGAUGCGGCAGUCCCAGGGCAGAAGGUGGAAGCAGUGCACAAAGCCGGCUCUUCGCCUUGCGAAGCAUGGGAGCCGGGCAUCCUUGCACGCCUCCCGUGGCAAGCUCUGUUAUCACUCAUCGGCGUCAUUCUCGGUCUUGUCGCUGUGAUCUUUGUCCUCGUCUACUCGGACGGCAAAGCAAUCGAUGACUGGUAUUGGCAGCCUUCCAUCUACAUUGCCAUUGCAUUGGUCGUGGUCAAUCCUUGUCUCGUUUACAGCCUCUCUUCCGGCGCGACAAUCUGGUGGUGGCGACAAGCUUCUGCUGGUACGACUGUGCGGGAGCUUCAUCACUCUUGGGCGUACGGCCACAGUGUGCUGGAGGCUCUGACCGCAGGCAAACGAAUGAAUUAUCUUGCUCUAAGUUGUAUUAUGGUUACGAUUGCCCAACUCAAUAAUCCUUUGCUUCAGCGAGCAAGCAGCCCUGUUGUCCAGCCUACGAGCAAUACCAUACCACUCUCGUUGAAGAGUGCAACAGAGGUUCCGAUGGGGUACACCGGCGUCCUGUCCGGCCGCGGCCGCUGGCCAGCCAGAUUUUCGGGCAACUUCAGCGAUAUCGUCAACGACUGGAACAACCUGGCACCCAUUCCGUACCCAACUCCCACAUGCAAAGGAACCUGCCGCGCGGUCAUCGACUCCAUUGGCUUCGACGUGAACUGCACCAGCUCUACCGUCCCCUUCGACCUCGAACCCACCUCACUCCCCAACGGAACUGUAAUCACAAAUGAAUUCCAGAUCUUCGAGUCCAACUUCUUCUGGUCCGAUGGCGAGGACACCAGCAAUGUCAUCCGCCUCAAUAUCGCCAACAAACAGACCCAAAACUGCAACGGCGAAAUCCAGAUCCAGAAUUGCACCCUUCAUCCCGCGCAGGUCAGCACUCAUGUCCUCAUCGACGGCAACGCAAGCACCAUCGCUCUCGACCCAGCCUUCAACAUCGACGACGACGUCGUCAUCAAGCCGGACAACCGCAGCGAGCGCGUCGACGCAGGGCCCAGUACAAUCGGCGGGAUCUACCUUGCGCUAAACAACAACUACGAAUCGGACGCGUCGAAUUACUUCACCGCAGGAUCGAGCUUGUAUUUCCUUACUACACACGGCAACACCGCGCUGCAAUACUUGAUACAGGAGUCCACGCGGUCUGUUUCCACCACUGGCUGCGAGCUGGCGUUCAGCGAUCCAAAGAACGAUAUACUCGCGGGAAGUCGCGACCUGUUCUUUCGCCUUGCGAUGGCAGCCGCCAACGAGAGCACUCCAGUGCAGAACGUCAUGGCUCAGCAGGAACUAAAUCAGGCUGUUUUCUCAAGCGACUAUGCCUUCAUGGCGGGCGGCGUCGCAGUGACUGCUGUCGCUCUGCUGAUGGUGUCGGGAUUGUUUCUGGGAUAUCAGAACCUCGGCCGUCCUGUGUCGUUAAGCCCGGUGGAGAUCGCUAAGGCGUUCGAUGCGCCUCUGCUGAAGUAUGCGGACAACAACGCUGGAAUUGAGAAGCUGGUCCAUGAGACGGGGGCGAGGGAGGUCAAGUAUGGGGUGCUCCGUGGCGGCGACGGUAUGGGCGAGAAAGACGGUGCAGGACGAAAGCUCAUCAUGGGAGAGAAGGGCAGUGUGAGGCGGCCUAUGCCAGGCGAGACUUUUACAGGCUAG